GUUUAAGAUCCUGUGGCUCACGCUGUGCCAGCUGCACAAUGAGUUCAUCAUUGAGCAGGCAGACAACAUGAUAGACAUCAGAGAAUAUGUCAUCGCCUUAUCGGUUGUAUGCAGACCUGCUAAAACACUGGAGACCAUGAAGCUGGCCUUCAAGAUGUUUGAGGCGGAGGAGGACGGCGCCGUCACAGKGGCUGAGUUGUCCUGCAUCCUGAAGACGGCGYUAGGAGUGGCUGUCCUCGACGUCUCACGUCUCUUCACCGCUAUCGACACAGAGGACGCUGGGAAACUCACCUUCGACAAGUUCAGGAGCUUUGCAGAGCAGCACCCAAACUUCAGUGAGGACUACCUGUCCACAGACAAUACAGGCCGUAACGGCUGUCCUCACCAGCCCAAAGCCACGCCCAACGCCAAGCCCCAGACCAAUGGCUUCUGCCCUGACUUCAGCCCGCGAGACAACCACCACGACACAACGACGGACGGUUCAGUGAAGAAACACAACUGAGUCUGUUAGCCACCUCAGAGUCCACCUCUCCUGGUGAGAGAGUGGUGGGGGUGGGGGUUGUUGUUGAUGGGCUAUAUGUAUGGUCAGUCA